AUGGCACAAGAAACAGUUGAUUUGUGUUGCAACAUAAACUUUGAAAUUGAUAUUCAUCCCCUUGUGAUCGCCUAAAUAUUAGACUUGCAUUACAGAAAAUUUGGUGCCUCAAGAUAAGAGGAAACCAUAGUAGGUGGAGCAUUAUUAGGGACAGUCUAUACAAAUAAAGUUCAUAUAACAGAAUGUUUUGCCUUAUUAGUUGACCCUGGAGAUGAAACUAACGAGUAUACAUUUGAUUUUGGUGAUGCUAAAGAUUUAUACUUAAGCCAUUUAUAAGCAAAUCCUUAAGAAGUCUUGUUAGGAGGGUUUGUUACAACCAAAAACUUAUCAUUAGAUAUUGGUGUUGCUUAUCUUUCAACUGAAUUUAGUAAAAAGGAGAACGGAUUCAACGCUACUGCAGUAUUAGGUUAACCCAUUAUUCUUAAAAUUAAUCCUACAUUAAAUACUAAUAAGAUAGAAAUGAAAGCAUUUAAACUUAAUCAAUCAUUAAAGCACUAUGCGGCAGUGGCAUCCUUUAACACAAUGCCUAUAAAAAUAUCCUUUUCAGAUGAAAAUUUAUAAUAAGCCUGGCCAUUCUUAGCUCCCAAUCUAUAAUAAAAAGAUUUCAAAAUUGUAAAUACAACUAAUCCAGCAUAACUAGUCUAAGAAAAUAUCAAAAAUAUUGAAAAAAUACUUUAAUAUUUGGAAAAAGUUAUUGCUGGAAAUGAAACAGGAGAUUAGGAAUUUGGAAGGAAACUCUUAUCUUCUUUGAAUCAAAUAGAUUUGAUAAGAAAUGAAUCGGACGUUGUAUUUAGUCAGGUUGAAGAAGCUUAACUAUUUUAAUAUAUUGGAAAUUUCGCUUAAGGUUAGGCAUUUAUUAAUGAAAAAUUGUAAAAGAUAUGACAUUUUUAUAAAAAUAUACCAAUAAAACAAUCAACAAAAGUAA